UUUAGGUUUCAAUUAUAUCCCAGAAUGGCCUAGAAUUCACUGUAUUCUAAACUGGUCUCCAAUUCACUUAGAUCCUCCUGCAUCAGCUUCGUGUGCACUGGCGUGAGCAAUGGAAUUACACUAUAGCAGGCCACUCAGCACCACUUCUCCCAGAACUAUUUCAUACAGUUUUAAUUCAUCAGCUUCCUGUCAGUGUGCUGCAAUUAUCUGUUGAUGUGUGCAUCUAUUCCAUAAGGCUCCUUAAGCCGUCCUACAUAUUCUCACUUGGUCAGCAUGUGAAGUCCUGCCUGCCAUGCAAGGAUCACUUCAGCUCUUCAGAAGCACUGUGCUCCAUCACACCUCUGCACCCACAAGCUUUUGCAUCAGGUCACAUUGCCCGGUCCACUGUUAUUCAGCUUUCAAAACUUAGCUUAAUGUAAGACAGUAUCUUAUACAACAGUAACUUAAAAGCUACUGUCUUCAGGAAGUUUCCCUGAACUUUAUUUCCACACCCUCUGCCCCACAAUCCUCUACCCUACAACCCCAGUCUGGGUUUCUUUUCCUUCUAUUCCCACAGCUCCUAUAAUUCCCUCUCACCAUAAUUUCAUACCUUAAUUAAAACCUCUAGUCAGCUAAAGAAACUGUACUUUCAGAAGAUUAUGUUGAUAAAAUAUUCUAAAAAUUAGAGACAAAAAGUCUACCCAGUGGGCCAUUGUACACACAUAGGAAUGGAACACAGAGGAAGAAAUGAUAAGAAAUCAAAGAAAUUGAUGAGACUGAAGUGACUACAUGAUGAAGACCAGAGAGACUGUUGAGGUAAAGAUGACUAGCCUUCACCAUGGGAUUCCAGCAUACCAUUCAAUUCUUUUGUAGCAGUAUUGGCUUUGGUUGUGAAAGGUAAAAGUUUGUUGUCAAGGAACACACAUGGUGGUCACUACACAAAGUUUUGGUUUUUAUUGAAAAUUUGAAUAUGGUUAAGCUCUCCUAGGCCAUUAGGAAUAUGCUACAUCAAAGGGCAUGGGAAGGAAGAGUAAUAACUAAAAGGGAAAUAAGGUGGUAAUAACUAAAAGGGAAAGAUGAAGACAAGUUUAAUCCAUCCUCAUUUUGUACUCUCUGUUAUCUUGUUUUAGCCUUGUCAAUCUUAGAAUUGCAACAGACAACAGAGACACACUAAAAUUUCUCUAGUUUCUGUCAAGCCAACUAGAAAACUGAAUGAUCCCAUGGAAAGCAUCUCCACAGGAAACCAAACUGUCACUGAAUUUAUACUUCUUGGCUUCCAUGAAGUCCCUGGGCUAUACCUCCCAUUCUUUUCUGUUCUCACCAUCGUCUACGCCUCCAUCAUCACAGGGAACAUGCUCAUUGUAGUGGUGGUGGUCAGCUCCCAGAAGCUUCACACACCUAUGUAUUUCUUUCUGGUGAACCUGUCCUUCAUUGAGAUCCUCUAUACCUCCACAGUGGUGCCCAAAAUGUUGGAGGGCUUCCUACAGGAGUCUGCAAUCUCUGUGGCUGGCUGCUUGCUCCAGUUCUUCAUCUUUGGCUCUCUGGCUACAGAUGAGUGUUUUCUUCUGGCUGUGAUGGCAUAUGAUCGCUACCUAGCAAUCUGUCACCCGCUAAGAUACCCACUCCUGAUGGGGCCUCAGUGGUGUCUGGGGUUGGUGCUCACAGUCUGGCUGUCUGGAUUCAUGGUGGAUGGACUAGUUGUUGCUUUGAUGGCCCAGCUGAGGUUCUGUGGCCCCAACCAAAUUGACCACUUUUACUGUGAUUUCUCACCCUUGAUGGUCCUGGCCUGCUCAGACACCAGAGUGGCCCAGGUGACCACAUUUGUUCUCUCUGUCGUCUUCCUGACGAUCCCCUUUGGGCUGGUUCUGGUUUCCUAUGCUCAGAUUGUGGUGACUGUGUUGAGAGUUCCCGCUGGUGCCAGAAGAACAAAAGCUUUCUCUACAUGCUCCUCUCACCUGGCUGUGGUGUCCACAUUCUAUGGAACACUCAUGGUCUUGUACAUUGCACCCUCUGCUGUCCACUCCCAGCUCCUCACCAAGGUUGUUGCCCUGCUCUACACAGUGGUCACUCCCAUCUUCAACCCCGUCAUCUAUACCUUGAGGAACCAGGAGGUACAUCAGGCACUAAGAAGGCUUCUCUACUGCAAAGCAACUGAAAUGUGACCUAAGGAGAGCAGUGAAGAUUUUCUAUUGGAUGUUCAGGGUCUUGCUUGAAAAGUCUCCCAUAAUGGGCUGGGGAGGAACACUUUGUUAUUUCUCCAAAUUUCCCUUUAAGUCUUCUGAAUUAUUCCCAAGGGGAAGGUAAGAGUUCAAAAUUUUCAAAUAUUAGUGUGGUGGUUUGAAUGAGAGUGGCCCCCAUAGGUUCAUAAAUUUGAAUGCUUGGU